UAUGUAUUCACUUCCUGGAAGCAAAUAACGUAUAUUAUUACCUCAAAGACAUAAGACUAUUUGUUUCAAACCUGAGGUCUAAGUAACUUAGAAACUGAAACAUUCAAAGGCUCUUCACCCAUUUCAUUAGAAGUUGAAGCCUAUCUCAUCGAAAUGCUUGGAAUAUGCCCUUUCAACUAGGUAGGAUAGUUUAAACUAUUAUAAGUUCAAGUGAAUCAGAAGGUGAAUGUGAGAACAAUAAAAGUUGUCAUUGUAGAGAUUGUGGACAUUAAUCCUAGAAAAUGAAACAAAUGAAAAAGAAAUAUCGACGUUUUAGUCCUGUAAUGCAUGGAAUAAUGAGAGAAAGGAGAAAUAAACUUAAACAAAAAUUUAAAAAUGCAGUUUAUGUUAUUAUGUGGAUGCAAAAAUUAGUAAUCUAAAGAAAGAAAAAACCUGUGAUUAUUAAAAAGAUAGUGAGAAUGAAGACUAAAUUAUUUGAAGCUCCUCCAGAACAACCAUAAUAAGACUAAUAGAUUAUUUAUCUUGAAGUAUAAUCUUAAUUCUAUGUGUAAAGCCUAUCCAACCAGUGCAAGUUUAAAUGAUUGAUUUUAAACACAAGCAGAGAUAAUCAAUUGUUAACUAUCUCAAUAAUAAAUUACAUGAUUAAGAACCCCAUUCUAAUAAAUAUCAGUUAUCGCUUCCUAAAAUAAGAUAUUAAAAUAAUCUCUCCAGUAGCCAUUCUAGAUUACUAUUAAAACCUUUGAAAACCUAAAAUGAUGAAGUCCUUACUCCAUAAAGAAAUAAUCUACAAUCUAUCAUACAUAAGGCUACUCCUCCACAACAAUCUUCAAGUUCACCUUAUUUAAAAUAACCCCCUAUGACAACAAGAACAAGAUAUUUAUAAAAUAGACUUUACCUAUCUGGGAGAUAUUGA